AUGCCGAUUGUGAACGAGAACAAUUUGGAGUUAGAAAAAGUAUCGUCAAACUCGGUGAUCAUCAUACAUCCAGGAUCUCUGUAUCUACGAAUUGGCCGUGCGAGUGAUGUUACUCCAUUCAAAUAUGUUCAUGGUUUGGCCAGGGUUAAUCUACUUUCAGAGAUUAGAAAUAGGAGGGACCAAAUAUUACCAAGUUUCCCGUAUAAAAACUCAGACACAUUAGCAGCCAUGGAAGACAGUAGACUGCAAGCGUCUCAUAUGCUACAGUCAAGCCUGCAGUCCAAUGGUGACAGAAGGUAUGCAACACCGCCUCAACAAAUAGCUGCUUAUAAUCGAAAUUCUGUCCCGAAAUACAAGGAUAAUGUACCACGUGCGCACACUAAGUCAUCUUUAGUUGGCGAUAUUGUGUAUGGAGAAGAAAUUUUCAAUAUAGCUCCUGAACUGGAUUAUAAUGUUUUCUUUCCAAUACUGAAUGGGGAAUUAAACAUUAAUGGCCAAAUUGGAGGUUCGUUAACAGGUGUGUUGGCAGAUCUGGAAACCAUUUGGACACAUUGUAUAAACAAAUUACUAAAUAUUAAGACUUCAGAAUUUCAUAACUACAAAGUGAUUCUAAUUAUUCCAGACAUAUUCAACAGAGUUCAUGUUAGAGAAAUGAUGUCAAUGAUAUUAUUGAGUAUGAAGUUUAAAGCUUGUCUUCUUAUACAAGACCAUGUGGCGGCAACUUAUGGUGCAGGUUUGGGUUAUGCAUGUGUAGUAGAUGUUGGUCACAGGAAAACAUCAGUGAGCUGUGUAGAGGAUGGUAUAUCUCAAAUAAACACACGGAUUAGAUUACGCUAUGGUGGAGGGAAUAUUACUCAAACGUUUCAUUGGCUACUUAAAAAAUGUAGUUUCCCGUAUCAUGAAUGCAAUCCCAUGACUAAUUAUUAUGACGCCAUACUACUAAAUCAAUUGAAACAAGAGUUUUGUCAUUUAAAUUUGGAUAGAUGUGGUGCUGUGCAAAAAACGGUGACUGUAAUGAAACCUACUAAAAAACAAAUACAAUACACAAUACAGGUUGGCGAUGAAGCAAUGAUAGCAGUUUUAGGCAUGUUCAAUCCAAUGUUGUUAGGUAUCAUUGAUAACAACCAUUAUGUGAUUCAAGAAACAUCAAAGUCACUACCUGAAGAUCCUUAUGACGAAGAAUUUUUAAGAGAAACUAGUAGACGUGGCACUGGUCGUGAAAUGGAAACUGAAACACAAAUCGAAAACAGUAUUGUGCACAACACAGAAGAAGAAAUAUGUGUUGAUCAAAUUGAAACUGCAGGAAAUUAUUUUGACAUUGAAACAGGAAGACCACAAAGUCUUGAUAAAGUCAUUGUACAAAGUAUUGAACGGUUAACUUCGGAUGAAAUCAAAAGAAAAAUGUAUAGCAGCAUAUUGGUUGUAGGCGGUGGACUUAAAUUUGAUGGGGCGUGCGCUUGGUUAAAAAGCAAAAUAUCAUUAAAUGCACAACAGGUUUAUUACGGAGGGCAUAUUGAAAUUAUAAGCUCACCAAAAGAUUUGGACCCACAAAUUGUUACGUGGAAGGGUGCCGCCAUACUUGCUGGCUUAGAAUCAUCUAAUGAACUUUGGAUAAGUGGUAAAGAAUGGUCUUCAUGGAGUAUUAGGAUUUUAAAAGAAAGAGCAAUGUUUAAUUGGUGA